UCCACAGACAAUCCACGUGUCUUCUUCCUCAGCCAACUUCGCUUCCUCCAUUUUCCGUCACUUUUCGGAGAAAAUCUCUUGAGAAAACUCGUCUUCUGCAGUUGGAGUUCGUAGCACGAGAAAAGUGUCCAUCUCUUCUUUGAUUUUCUGAGAAUUUCCAGAAAGAAUUCCGAGUUACUGAAGAAGAAAUUUUCCCGACAAACCCUCCUGUCGCUGUUGUUUUUUUUGUGGAGUUUUUCCCGAGAAUCCCUGUCCCUUGCGUGAAUUCAAGUCACCGAUAUGAAUCUCACCAUUCCGAACCCUAACCCUCCCCAGCUCUCCUUCCUCAUCCAGAGAACCAGCUUCUCCUGCGAUAGGAGAUUAUUCGAAGUUCGCCGCCUCCGGUUCUUCUCCGGCGGACAGAGACUCUGCUCCGCCGGAAAAGUCAAGGCGAAGACGAAGGAACUCGUUCUCGGAAACCCCUCCGUCGCGGUGGAAAAAGGUAAGUAUAGCUACGACGUCGAAUCGCUGAUCAACAAGCUGAGCAGUCUCCCACCUCGUGGAAGCAUCGCGAGGUGUCUAGAUAUCUUCAAGAACAAGCUCUCGCUGAACGAUUUCUCUCUGGUGUUCAAGGAAUUCGCUGCUCGUGGUGAUUGGCAGAGGUCACUUCGUCUUUUCAAGUAUAUGCAGAGGCAGAUUUGGUGCAAACCCAAUGAGCACAUAUACACGAUUAUGAUCUCGUUGCUUGGCAGAGAAGGUCUGCUUGACAAAUGCCAUGAGAUAUUCGACGAAAUGCCGAGCCAAGGCGUGCCUCGUAGUGUUUUCUCUUAUACGGCGUUGAUCAAUGCUUAUGGUCGAAAUGGCCAGUAUGAGACUUCGCUUGAGUUUCUAGAUAAGAUGAAAAACGAGAAGAUUCCGCCUAGUAUCUUGACUUACAACACAGUGAUCAAUUCGUGUGCUAGAGGUGGCUUAGAUUGGGAGGGUUUGUUGGGUUUGUUCGCAGAGAUGAGGCAUGAGGGAAUACAGCCCGAUAUCGUCACCUAUAACACGUUGCUUAGUGCUUGUGCCUCUAGAGGCUUAGGUGAUGAGGCUGAAAUGGUUUUCAGGACAAUGAAUGAGGGUGGAAUAGUUCCAGAUUUAACUACAUAUAGUCAUCUCGUAGAGACUUUUGGAAAAUUGAACCGGUUGGAAAAGGUUUCGGAGCUGUUGAGAGAGAUGGAGUCAGAGGGGAAUUUGCCCGACAUCACUUCUUAUAAUGUACUUUUGGAGGCAUAUGCAAAAUCUGGAUCUAUUAAGGAGGCCAUGGGGGUUUUCAGGCAGAUGCAGGCUGUAGGGUGCACACCAAAUGCGAGUACAUAUAGUAUUUUGUUAAAUUUGUUUGGACAGAAUGGGAGGUACGAUGAUGUUCGCCAGCUUUUUCUCGAGAUGAAAGCUAGCAAUACAGAGCCUGAUGCUGCUACAUACAACAUCUUGAUACAGGUGUUUGGGGAAGGUGGGUAUUUCAAGGAAGUUGUAACUUUGUUCCAUGACAUGGUGGAGGAGAAUAUUGAACCAGACAUGGAAACAUUUGAGGGCAUAAUAUAUGCUUGUGGGAAGGGAGGACUCCAUGAAGAUGCUAGGAAGAUCUUACUGUAUAUGACAGAGAAGGAAGUCGUGCCGAGUUCCAAGGCAUACACAGGGGUUAUCGAGGCAUUUGGGCUGGCCGCUUUGUACGGUGAAGCACUUGUUGCUUUUAAUACCAUGAAUGAAGUGGGAAGCAAACCCACUAGUGAAACUUGGCACUCAUUGCUAUACUCUUUUGCAAGAGGAGGGCUGUUUAAGGAGGCUGAAGCGAUUUUGUCCAGGAUGGUUGACUCUGGUAUUCCGAGAACUAGAGACUCAUUCAAUGCACUUAUAGAAGCCUAUAAGCAAGGAGGUAAAUUUGAAGAGGCUAUCAAGACUUACGUUGAUAUGGAGAAAACGCGAUGUGAUCCCGAUGAAAGGACACUCGAGGCUGUUUUAAGUGUAUAUUGUUGUGCUCGACUUGUUGAUGAGUGCAAUGAGCAGUUCCAGGAGAUGAAAGCUUCUGAUAUACUGCCUAGUAUCAUGUGCUACUGCAUGAUGCUUGGAGUUUAUGGAAAGGCUGAGAGGUGGGAUGAUGUCAAUGAGUUACUGCACGAAAUGCUCUCAAAUAGGGUCUCAAAUAUUCAUCAAGUGAUUGGGCAAAUGAUCAAAGGGGAUUAUGAUGAUGACUCUAACUGGCAGAUAGUGGAAUAUGUUUUUGACAAACUCAAUUCGGAAGGAUGCGGUUUGGGAAUGAGGUUUUACAAUGCACUUCUCGAAGCAUUGUGGGGGUUGGGUCAGAAAGAACGGGCUGCAAGGGUGCUCAGUGAAGCAACAAAACGUGGACAUUUCCCCGAACUCUUCCGUAAAAAUAAACUUGUGUGGUCGGUUGAUGUGCAUAGGAUGUCUGAGGGCGGCAUGUACACUGCUCUUUCCGUUUGGCUAAAUGAUCUGUUUGAGAUGCUCUUAAAAGGGGAGGAUCUUCCUCAAUUAGCAGCUGUUGUUUCAGUAAGGGGAGAAAUAGAGAAAAGCUCAGCUGCAAGAGAUUUACCAAUUGCGAAAGCUGCUCAUUCGUUCCUGCAGGAUCACGCCUCAUCUUCAUUUUCCUUUACGGGAUGGAAUGGAGGUCGCAUUAUGUGUCAGCGAUCUCAGCUCAAGCAGAUUCUAUCCACUAAGGUUUCAUCUCCGGACGAGCCCCAGCAAAAAAAGCUAGUCACUUUAACAAACUCUCCGAUUUUUGCUACUGGAACAAGAACAUCAACAGGAAACAACACGAACUACGUCAGUAACCCUUCCCAAACAAGACCAAAGACGAAAAAAGAACUAACAGCAAGCCCGGCUUGAACCGCAUGCAUUAUCGCUACUGCACAAUGCCAUUGUGAAAUCCAUAGUUCUUCCUUAUAGGGGGGUGGAAACCGUGCAACUUGUGGUAGUUUGCACAGAUCUCGGGCAAGCAGCAACCAGACCAUCUGGUAGAAUGAAUGAUUUGGGAGGGGAAGACAUGGGACAUGGUGAUCUUAUUUCAUUUGCAGAGGCAACUACACAGAUGCCAAGUAAGUUCUUGUUUGCUGCACCAUCAAAUCCGUGAUUUUGCAUCCAUAGAUUUGUUUCAAUGUGCUAAAUUAUGUCUUUCCAAAACGUUCUCUGGAACAAAUGCUGGUGUAGGAUGAUCGUUACAAUAGUUAUAGAUUCGGGUCCAUCCAUGAAUCAGGUUCUAUGCUAAAUCUCA